ACGGGUAAACUCGCCGCGCCGGCACCGGCAAAAUUACAGUGUUCAGUCGCGAGCGAGAACACGGGCCACCACUUGCCGCUUCUGUACGCCAUAAAUCGUUAUCCGUUGUGUUAUUUUUUUCGAAUUCUCGUCGCCUUGCUCGUUUUGGUUUUUUUCGAUUCGUACACAUUCUUUUUAUUUAUUUAUUUAUUAUUUUUUUUUAACACCGAUACAUGUAUAGUGCUUUCCGUAGUGACGUGUUUCAACUGUGCAAAUAUUAUCAAUACUAAUAUAUUAUUAUUAUAAUUAUAAUUAGGUAUUUUCAUCGUUUUUAUUAUUAUUAUUGUUGUUGUUAAUACCUCGCUAUUAUUAUAGCCUACAUUAAUUUUUGCCAAGUGUUCGAUACGUUCGCGUAUACGGUUUUUACGCCAUAAUUGUUACUACCGUCGCUGUAUCUAAUUUUGUUAGAUAAAUUCGGUCGUGCAUUAAUUGUUUAUUAAAAUAUCAUAAUAACAGUCGAUCGACGACGAUGACCGCUUUCCCGGUGAUCUAAUAUUGUUGUGUUUAAUAUACGUCGACGACACGAUAAUAUAUCAUUACACUUAUACACUGCGAAUACAUUGUUACACAUUACGUAUAUUUUAACCGUAUAGACUAAGCUGUUCAGCUGCCGUUAUCGACGCCACUGCCGAUAAGGAAUCUCGUAAGUUCGGACGUGCUUUCGACAACGCAUCGACGAUGGACGUCCUACCGAGCGGUAACAUAUUCCGGGAACUUCAAGACAUACACGAUACCGGUUAUUUCUCUGCACACGUAUCACUCGAGGAUCACUGGCAACAGACUUGUUACGAGAUGGAACGGUACCUAAAAGAAGAGCCUAUGGUCUCGUCGUCACCCACGCGGUCCGAGUCACCGUGGCUGGCGACGUGGUCGACGCGCGUUGAGUUGGAGGUGGGCCUGGACUGUGCGAGCAGCGUGACGUCCAACAGCAGCUCGCCGUCGACGUGCUGGUCGGGAUUCGCGACGCCGCCGCCCAGUCCGCCGGACGAAACAGACGUGUCGCCGACCGUGGUGGCGACGCUGCUGUCGUCGGCCGCUGCCGCCGCCGCGGCCACGAAGGCCAGGGCCACCGCUGUGACCGCCAACACUGCCGGCCGGGUCAAUUCCAUCGCGGCCGCGUCCACCCACGCCGCCACGCCAGUGGCCACCACCACCGCCGGUCUGUUGAAGGUGACCGUCGCCCCGACCGCGUCCGGGGCCACCGUCAGCCCGGCCAGCACCGCGGGCACCAACAACGCCAGCACCAACACCACCGUCACCGUCAGCGGUCGGACGGCGGCCGGCACCGUGGCCGCGGCGCCGUCGACGAUCGCCGCCGCCGCGUCGCCGGCACACCGCGAGACCGCCUCGGCCGCCGUGGUCCACGCUCCGGUGCUGUCCAUCACCACGGCCGCGUCCGUCGCGUACCACCCGAGACUGCACCUGUCACCGGACGCAGCCAAGAAGAUACACAAGUGCAAGUAUCCCGGCUGCGAGAAGGUGUACACGAAGAGUUCGCACUUAAAAGCUCACCUCAGGACGCACACCGGCGAAAAGCCGUACAAAUGCGAAUGGAUCGGUUGUGGCUGGAGCUUUGCCCGGUCGGAUGAGCUGACCCGCCAUUACCGCAAGCACACUGGCGCCAAACCAUUCAAGUGUCGCCACUGCGAGCGAUGUUUCUCUAGGUCCGACCAUUUGGCGCUGCACAAGAAACGGCACUUCACUUAAACGCAAGCACACGCAUACACACACACACACACACACACACACACACACACACACACACACACACCACACACACACAUACACACACAUACAGAAACGCGCAAAAAACACACACUACCGUUUUAUUCUAACCGCUACCUCGGUUACAACAACCCUCUGACAAUAUUAUGUUAGAACUCGUUAAAAUUAAAUACCCCUCAGACACACAUUCACACACUCACGUUCAUAGACGGACUAUGGUAGAUAAAGUUUCCGGAAAAACGGUGGUAUUUAUUUCAUUAUUAUUGUAAUUUAUUAUUAUUAUUAUUAUUAAAGAUUUAUAUAUUUUACGUUUAUACAUAAUAUUUUGUUACCAGUAAUACUCGUACAUAUGUACGUAUAUGUAUAUAUAUAUAUAUAUAUAUAUAUACUUUAUACGUACAAUACGCGUGUGUAUAUAGUAAUAUAAUAUAUAAAAUAAUUUUUAAAUGUAUAAUUAUAAAAAUAAAAAAAUUUAACAAUUAAGAUAAACGUACAAUAAUAUUUUUAUUGUCUCGGAUGGUCAUAAAAUAAUUGUAUUACAAUACCAUUAUAAUAAUAAUUAUCAACGUGUUUUCAAUUUUUUAUCAAUAUCAUCAUUAUCAUAUUAUUAUUAUUAAAUUAACUGUUACAAUAAUAUACAAUAUUAAAGGCCAUUAUCGCGUAUGAUAAAUGUAUAAAAUCAUUGUGUAAAUAUAAUAAUAUGUAUAAUGACUCCAGAGCCUAAUGAUCAAAAUCGUUAAAAUCCCAGGCGUUUGUGUAUUCACUCGUCGCUACCGCCGCGUACAUUAUUAGGGAAAAAUAUAUAAAUUUCGUCUAUCGUCAUGAUAUUUUUAAAAUAUCAUGCUAAAUAUUAAACAUAACUGACCGCUCGUUGACGUGCACAUUUAUUAUGUUGCAUACUAGGCAUUAUAGGUUAUGGAUAAUAAUCGACGACCGGGAUAUGACGGAUACAAAAAUUAACCUUAAAACAUUUUCUUUUUCUUUUUUUUAUCACAGUUUAUAUAAUUGUACGGAAACGAGGAAAACUUUUCUUUUUCUUUUUUGUAAAUAGCAUAAUAUAUUAUUGCCUAAAUGAUAAUUAUAGUAGUCUUUGUAAAUAAAAUUAAACAAAUAUAAAUAAUUAGCAUGGAAAAAUUAUUAUUCGUAAGUUUAUAACUAUCGUUUUUAAUAUUAUAAUGAUAUUGUAUAUUAGAUGAAUGUGUUUUAAUCCAAUGAGACAUUAUAGAACUGAUUUACUAGAUCCGAUAGUCAAUUUAUUCCUUGUAUAGGUGUUAUAGUUAUAGUACUAUUAAUGAUAAUAAUUUAUAAAUCGUUUUUUUAUCAUAACGGUUGUGCUCUUGCCACCUUGUGCGACAUUUCUUAGGUUUUUAGUCACUCCAAACCACUCAUAAUAAAUAUUAUAUACCUACUAUUAUACAAUAAUACAUCAUUAUUAUAUUACAAUAACGAGCCGUUUAUAACAUCAUUGAAUUUCCAUAAUUUUGUGAUUAUCGUGUUUCAUCAACCAAUAAUAAUUCAUAUAUAUUACUAUACUAUUAUAUGGUGUUAUUAUUAUUAUUAUAUUAUUUCAUUCAAUUAUUGUAUAUUCUAUUAUUAUAUUACUAUUGAAAUUUGUUCAUUUUAAUUUUUAAUUUAAUAAUCUAUCAUAGGUAAUCUAUUAUAAUUAUUAUUAUAUAUAUAAAAAAAAAAAAAAACAAUACGAUUUAAUAUAACGUAAGAGAAACAACGUCCUUGCUUACCUCCACCAUCUUCUUCUUACUAAAAAAAGAAAACGAAAAUCAAUAAUCUCCACGCUGCUCCGAUUAACUGCCUCUUUUAACGCGUGGGUGAGUCACUGCCAGACGAAAUAGUAAAAUACUAUUAAUAAGGAUAGUCCGAAUAAAAUUAUCAAUUAUCAUCGCAAUAAAUUUAUAAUCAAUUAUAUUAUAAAAUCUCGAUUUUUACAUAAUAAUAAUUAAUAUUAAUUUAAAACAUUGAUAUGUGAUAUGUUAAUCGCGUUCUAUUAAAACAGAAAUAACAAUAAUAAUAUAAUAAUUAAAAAAAAAACAAAUAAUAAUAAAAAUAUUUAUUAUUUUAGAUGAUAUAAUAUCAUAGUAAACUAUAUACAUAUUUCGUAACGCAAAAAGAAAGAAAUGGGGCCAGUAAAAUUAAAAAAAAAAAAUGUGGCGUUAUUGUUUUUGUUUUUAUUAUUGGUUUGAUUAUUAUUAUUUUUCUCGAUAUUAUAUUUUAUAAUUAAAAUCUGUUUAUUUAUUUGAUAGUAUGAAAAUAUUCUAUUAUAAUAAUUUAUUGUUUCGUUUUUUUUUUUUUUUUUUUUUUUUUAACGUAAAUCUUUUGUUUAUUUAUUUAUUUAUUGUAUUUUGUUUUUGUUCGUACCACAUACGUUUAAUAAAAUAUAUAUCGUAAAAUAUAAUAUAAUAUUAUUAUUAUUAUAAUGCAUCAUAUUAUGUUGGUAUAUGCAUAAUAUAAUACUUGAAAAUUAUUAUCAUUAUUAUUGUUAUAUUUAUAAAUGAAAAAAAAAAACUUAUUAUUUUUAUCAUUAUUUUAGUAUUGUUUAUUGCCUGUAGACCGACCGCACCUUGACCUUAGGGCCAAAUAUUUGUUGCGUAUAUUUAAAAGUAUAAAACUAUUGUAUUUUUAUUUUUUGUUUAAUAUUUUUUUUUCGUUAUGAUUGUUGUUAGACUAUUGUGUGUUUUAUUGCUAUAUAUUAUUAUUAUUAUCAUCAUUUUUAUUAUUAGGCUAAUGCUUAGAAAUAUAAAUACCAUUUAGUUAAUUAUUGCAAUUGUUUUGUUUUAUUUUAUUUAAAAAAAAAAAAUAAUAAAAAAAAAUAUAUAUAUUAUAUAAUGUCUUUCUUAAUAUUAAUAAUCGUCAUUGAUAUUAUAAUAUUAUUGUAUUUUGUAGUGGUAUAACAUAAAUACUUAAAAAACUGUCCUCGAACCAAAUUUGACCCGUUAUAUUUCGCCCUGUAUUCUUUUUUUCUAAAAACACACUGUCAACCGUGGAUUCCAAUGACAGCAAUCUAUCGUGUAAUGUAAAUGUUAAACAAUUCGUGUUUAAAAUAAAAUCAUGCCAAAUAAUCAUUGUCGCACAACUUUUUUGUGUAUAUAUAUAUA